AUCAGAUCAGUAUCAGAUACUAGAGCAAAACAAUCCUAUAAUUUAUAUUUAUCAUUUUUUAAGACAUGUGACGAAAGCUCAGAUUAUGCAAAGGAUUAUGUUGCAUUAAACAUUGAAGAAUAUACCUCACGUAUAAAUGUUGUAGUGGUAAAUGAAAGUGAGGACAGGUUGGCAUUAGAAUUCGAUUUAAUCCAUAUCGAAGCUCCAGUUGCUAAUGCGCUCAGGAGAAUCCUGAUUGCUGAGGUUCCAUCUAUGGCCAUAGAAAAGGUGUACCUCUAUCAAAACACAUCAAUUAUACAAGAUGAAGUUCUAUGCCAUCGCUUAGGAUUACUUCCAGUAAAUGCAGAUCCUCGUAUGUUCGAUUUUCCUUCAGAGAAAUCAGCAAGUACCAAUGAAUUGGGUACUGAUUGCGAUGAAGAACCUGCUGGUGAUCCUAAACGGAAUCUUAUAUUUGAAAUAAACGUCAAAUGUACUCGUAAACGCAACUGUCCAACUAUCGCUACAGAACCUAUAUUAAUUUAUGACAAUUCUGUCGUCUACACAAAUUCGUUCAAAUGGGUCCCAAUCGCAAAUCAGGAAACGGUUCUCCGACCACCUCCAAAAAUGGUCCAUGACGAUAUAUUAUUAGCAAAGCUAAGGCCUGGUCAACAAAUAGAAGCUAGAUGCCAUUGCAUAAAAGGUUGCGGACGUGACCACGCCAAGUUUUCUCCGGUAGCUACGGCAACAUAUCGUAUCUUACCUGAUAUCAAGCUAAAAAAGCAAUUUAGUGGCGAUGAUGCGGAAAGGAUAAAAUCUUCAUUUUCUGAAGGAGUUAUCGGCAUCGAUUCUGGUGGUUUCGCUUUCGUACAAGAUGCCAGACGUGAUGCAUGCAACAGGAACAUUUUUCGAUAUGAAGAUCUUGCCAAGAACAUUGAACUUACACGAAGGAAAGGUCAUUUUAUUUUUAGUGUUGAAAGUACGGGUGCACUCAAAAGCAGCGAUUUAGUUAUCGAAGCUUGUAAAAUAAUGGAGGAAAAAUGUCGCUAUUUAUCCGAUUUAUUUGAACGGAAAAUAAAAUUGACGAAAAAGCAAGCAGUUUUUAAAGCAAGAAAAAUUAAAUUAAAGGAAUGA